ACGGAGCCGAGGAUGCGGCGGGCGCUGCUCACCCUCCUGCUGCUGCUCGUCCGCCCGCCGCCCGCCGCCCCCCGCCCCGCGAGCCCCGACGGCUCCGUCCCGGCGGCCGCGGCCGAGGCGGGGGAUCGCCCGCUCUGGCCGCCGCUGGCGCCGCCGCCCCUGGAGCCGUGGCGGGCGCGGCGGGACGAGCCGCCGCUCUCCAUCGACCUCACCUUCCACCUGCUGCGGCACCUCCUGCUGCUCGCCCGCGCCCAGAGCCAGCGCGCCCGCGCCGACAGCAACCGCCUCAUCCUCGACGCCGUCGGGCGCUGAGCGCCGUCCCGGGCCGUGCCGGGGCUCCACCGGGGCUGCGCCGCGCUCCGGCCGCCCCCUCGGCCUCCACGCCGUGAGCUGCACCGGCAAACUCACCGGCAGCGGCACCGGAACCGGCUGCACCCGCCGCACCCGCCUCAUCCUCGGUGCUGGGGCAAGUGGCCGCGGUACCGGCCCCGGCACAGCCCCGGGACGGCCCGC